UUCAUAAACGUUUAGGAUUGUAUGACUCAGCCUACAUCUAAAGUGGCCCUUGAAGUUAAUCUUGAUGACGACAAUGAUUCUAUGGGACAGCAAACAAACAUUGAACCACUUCAAUCGCUGUCUUUAGCUGGGAGUAACGAGAUGGGUGAGAUGGCCUCUUUUGUCUAUAAGGAGCCUAAUAGCUCUCAGAGUCUUUUGGAUACCUUGUCAGAUUUUAAAGAAAAGGAUUUGCUCUGCGAUGUGGUUGUGGUGACAGGAACAACAAAGUUUUCCUGUCAUAAGGUAAUACUAGCAGCCAGGUCUCGGUACUUCAACAGCAUGUUUCUUUCUGGCAUGACUGAGUGCAAUCAAGAAGAAAUCGAAAUAAAAGGAGUAAGCCCAGAAAUAAUGUCGAUACUGAUAGACUACACAUACACGGGUCAGGUUACUAUAGAUGUGUACAACGUCCAGGAACUGGUGUUGGCAGCUGAUCGCUUGUCUUUUAUCAGUAUGAGGACAGCGUGUUUUAAUUUCAUGUUAAAUCACAUGGAUGUUAACAACUGUAUGGGACUCCUUCAUAUAGCAGAGCGUCUUGAUUGCAAGGAAACGAUAGCAAGUUCCCUGAACUACAUAUCACAGUACUUCGAAGAUAUUUACCCGAGUGAGGAAUUCCUAGAAAUACCUCUGAUGAAAAUUAAAGCUAUUCUCUCGUCUGAUGAACUCAAUGUACAGUCUGAGUUGGUGGCAUUUGAAGGUAUGUUAAAAUGGGUAAAACACGAUCUAGAAAACCGGUCAGAAUUCCUGGCUGAGCUGUUAAACUUGAUCAGAUUAAACCUGCUGACUGUGGAGCACCUGAUUGAAAAGAUAGAAUGCGAACCGCUCGUCAUGGCAAACGCAGAGUGCAAUAGGAUUCUACACAAUGUGAAGAACCACCACCUGAUGCCCCACAAGAGGCAGUUUGUUAAACUGCAUGGCGUUCCAACCAACUCUGAACGAGUUCCCAGGAAGAGAAUCAGGCCUCACGCACUGUUCGUUUGUGGUGGAAUAGACUCGAAGAGAAUCUUCUUAAAGAGUGUGGAAUGUUACGACGUGGAACGAGAAGAAUGGUUCCCCUGCGCGGACAUGCUCACCAAACGAGGCAGUCACGGCAUUGCUCUCAUGAACGGCAAAAUAUACGCCGUAGGUGGACACGACGGUAACGAGUUCCUCGACACUGUGGAGAUGUAUGAUCCUAUAACUGAUGUGUGGACCAGUAUUCCUAACAUGACGCGCGCACGUAAUGGCGCAGGCGCCGCCGUCAUUGGAGACAAUCUUUACGCCAUAGGAGGCCGAGACAAGCAGUCCCGUCACAAGACAUGCGAGAGGUUCUCACACGAGAGGGGGUCCUGGCAGCAGAUAUCGGACAUGAACCACGGUCGGGCUGGUGCUGCUGUUGCCGCUCUCAACAACAAGAUAUACGCAGUAGGUGGAAGGAGUAAUGAUAAAACCUAUCUUCGGAGUAUGGAGUAUUAUGAUCCUGAAACAAACCAAUGGAACAUUCAGAAACCAAUGGAAUCCUGUCGAUAUUUCUUUAGCAUGGCAGUAGUAAACGAGAUAAUGUACGUCAUCGGAGGGAACAUCUACCACGAGAAUGACGACGUGGAACACCGUCCAGUGCCGGUAGAGUUGUUUGAUCCACAGAAGGAGGCCUGGGAGAUGCUUGAUAUCAAGAGUGAUGGUAUAACCUUGAGGAGUGUCUGCGUUCUCGAUAAUAAGGUAAUAUUAGCGGGUGGUAUAAAGAACGGUGCCAUGCUAAAAACCGUCCACUGUUUCAACACUUCUUCAGACAAGUUUACAGACCUACCCUGCAUGAAGACAGACAGGGGAGGGUGCGGCAUGAUCGCCUUCACUCCCACCGACAUGAUAAACACCACAGACUCUCCUACUUCCGCUUCCACUUCACAUACCACACUGUAACCUUGUUGUUAGGAUUGUGAUGGGAAUUUUAGUCGUCGUGUUGUUUUAUGACGUCAUAUUUGAACCAUUAAUAUUAUGAAUGAGCAAGUUUGAACCAUGUGUCGUUGAUACAGCUUGUUCACGCUGGGAGAGUCUGUCUCAAAUUUGUGGAAUUAACAUCGACCUUAACUUUACCUUGUCCUUUGAAGCUAUGAGGCAUGGACAGAUUUUAUAGAAUGUUUUAGCGGGUCUUAAACAUGAAUGUUUUCAGUUUAUCUCUACUGGAUAUCUCCGAUAAAGAUAAACUCAAAACUUUUAAUUCGAUCGGAUUCUGUCACACCUGAUCGGUCAUAUUGUACAUCUUAUUUGAUUUUAUACAUAUCUUUUCUUUUUUUCAAAGUCAGCAAGUUUCCCGUAUUUAGACAUGAUUUAUUAUCUUCUAUCAAAACGAGUAGAGUAAAGGAUUUGUUCACAUGUCACUUGUUCUUUGUAUGUAUUAUGCAACGGUAUGUGUUAACCACAUUCCAUUGAAGCUACAAGUAUACAUUUACGGGAUUAAUUCAAUUAUUAAUUUACUCGGCGAGCUUACUAAUAACAUUAGCCUGUAGUCGGCCACUUAUUUAGUGUGAAAACGCACGAACUCUCAAACGAAUUGGAUUUAAUCAAAAAUGAGAAUUCGUUAUUUAUCGAUAGAUCUGUUCCCUCAUUACUUAUUUCAUAUUAUGGUUAUAACGAUAAAAUAUGUUGUUUGAAAUAAACAACGUGAUAUGUGAACAAUCCAAAAAACUGAAAUUGUUUUUCUGAUUGGACGGCUGAUUUCUAAUCUCUCGUUGAUCAGAUAUCAGUUUCUUUCAGUUGAUUCUGUCAUUGCUGUAAUGCAGCUUUCAGAUUUCCAGAUUUGAGACAAUUCAAGUUAUUUGUAAAAUGUAAAAAAUUGAUAAGAUUCUGUUGUGAUUAAUGAUUUAUUAACUAUUUGCCACAUUUAA